AUGGACAAGUUUCAGCAUACCCCACUUGACCGAUCCAAACAGUGCAUCAGGCUCCUGCGCUUCCUAGACCAGCCUCCGUCCGCAGAGCUUGAUCACUUCGCUCUAGAGACGUACGAUGUUGCCAGAGUGCCUCGCUUCGUGGCACUUUCAUACACCUGGGGAAGCCCCGAGCCGAGCCACGACAUCCUCGUCAAUGGAUCGGUGCUAUCUGUCCGCGACAAUCUCCGGUUGGCACUGAAGGUAUUGCGCAGCCUUUUUCCAAGCAAGGCGCCGGUCUUCGAUGUGCUACAGUCAAGGAAGCAGGAGAAUGGCUACCCUCUCAUGUGGAUCGAUGCCAUCUGCAUCAACCAGUCUGACCCCUUGGAAAAGAACCAUCAGGUCAAUAUGAUGGGGAGGAUAUUUACAAUCGCUAGCCUUGUGAUAUCCUGGCUGGGUGAUGAAGCCGACAAUUCGGGCUCGGUCAUGGAGGCAAUCAGAGCCACGAAACAUACGCAAGAGUAUAACUUCGAUGUGAAGAAGGCCACCAAAGCGCUCGCAAAAAGAUCAUACUGGCGCCGUAUCGACCCGCGAGACCGGAUCUAUGCGCUCCUGACACUGAUCGAGCGAGGAGCAGUUAGUAAACCGCUCUUGGCCGACUACACAAUUUCAGCAGAGGACCUCUACUAUAGAGUUCUUGGGCACGUGGGGCCACUGGAGCUUUUUAGCGACUGGGGACAGUUUAGGAAGAAGCUGCGAAAGGCUCUAGACAGCUGCUCGUGGGCUGAUACCGAAGCAGCGAAACUGAACGAGGUGGUGUACAAGAUCGUUGAAUUGGAGACUUCUGCUGAAGUGUUGCACGACCCUUGCCAUUUCCUCGAACCCAAGGAAGUAUACCUAGAGUUUCUCUUUGGCAAAGUCCAAGAAUGCCUAGCAAAGCACUUGGAAGGGUUUUCCGACGGCAUGUUCUGCAACGGAGAUCGGACCUACCAUGAAAUCAUUCGGCGCUUUCAGGCCUUCCCGCAAGGCGAAGACCCGAGAACGUGGCGGCGGUUCAACGACCUCCUCCGGCAGUGGCUGCUGGAUAUACCACCCGGCGUACCUUUUCGUGGCGCUACGUCCUGA